UAACCACUUACUUGUCUUAUCUCCAAACCCCAUGAAGACAGUUUCUUUCUUUCUUUGUGGGUUGCGUUUGUUAUCAGAUUCCUCUGUUAUUUGAUAAACAGAAAAAAAAAAAAGAAGCAUGGAGACGACGAAGCUUGCUUCAUACGAUCGUGUCAGUGAGCUUAAAGCUUUCGACGAGACCAAGACAGGUGUAAAAGGACUCGUAGAAGCCGGAGUCUCAGAGGUUCCACGCAUAUUCCAUCACGCAUCUCUCACACUAUCAAACCCUAAACCACUUUCCUCUGACUUCACGACGAUCCCAACGUUUGAUCUCGGAGGACGAGUCUUCGAGGACGAGACUAAGCGCAAGAACGUGGUUCAAGGGAUUAAAGAGGCGUCAGAGAAGUGGGGUUUCUUCCAGGUGAUUAACCAUGGCGUUCCGCUUGAUCUUUUAGAGAGGAUGAAAGAGGGAGUUCGUGGGUUUCAUGAGCAACCACCAGAAGUGAGGAAACAAUACUACGGGCGAGAUUUCAGUAGAACGUUUCGGUAUUCAAGUAAUUUCACUCUCUUCAGCUCUCCAGCUGCUAACUGGGUAGACACUUUAUCUGGUACCAUAGCUCCAGAUCCUCCGAAACCAGAGGACUUGCCAGAGAUUUGUAGGGAUGUUAUGUUGGAAUACACAAAGCAUGUGAUGAAUUUGGGAGAGUUUCUCUUUGAGAUGUUAUCAGAAGCUCUAGGGUUAGAACCUAACCAUCUGAAUGAGAUGGAUUGCUCAAAGGGUUUGCUUAGAACAUCAUUAUCCCAAAUACCCAAUUAGAGUCUCUUAUUUAUUGUUUAAUAUUUUUAAGCAAUAAAUAUGUGUUAAGAGACCCGAUCAUUUAUGUCCUCCAUUGCAAGUUUUUUAUUUAAAGGU